GCAAACUGCAUUGUCUACUCAUUCUGAUUUGCUUAAACUUUAACUGUUUGCUGUGAAGGGGGUGAAAAUAUUCUCCCAGUUCCUGAUAUUAGUCAACAUAAUGAACCUUCCCCUGCAUUGUCUACUCAAUCUGAUUUUCUUAGACUUCAACUAUUUGUUGUUGAAGAGGGUGAAAAUAUUAUCCCAGCUUUUGGUAUUAGUCAAUAUAAUAGACUUUUCCCAAUAACAGUUGAUGCAUUAACUGAUGGUGAAUCAAGUGAGGAAGAGGAUGAUGAAAAUGAGCCUGUAGAUAGUGAUUACAAUAGUGAUGAGUUAGAAUUCCUUGAGAGGGAAAAGAAAAGAGAAAUCAAUGAGAGUCUAGACAACUUCUUAGAGCUGAAAAACGGAAUGAGCUUUAAGGAUCUUGAUGAAGCAAAAAUAUUUGUGAGCUUUUACUCAAUUGUUAAAAGAGGGGCCUUAAAUUUACUAAGAGUGACCCUACUAGAGUUAGAUAUAGGUGCGAUGUUGGUUGUCCUUUUGUAUGUCUGAUAUUAGAAGUUGCUAAAGGCCAAGGAUUUGAAGUUAAAACGUUGGAAAUAGAACAUACAUGUCAGCCAUGCUUUAAAAAUAAAAGAGCCACACAACAAGCAUUAGCACACUAUUUCAAGAACAAAAUCCAGAAUAACCCUCAAUAUAAGGUGACUGAGAUGAGGAAGAAUAUACAUGAUAGAUUUUUACUUAAUGUUAGCUAUACAAAGAUGAAGAGAGUUAACAUAAUUAUCUUAGAAAAACUGGAGGGUAGCUUUAUUGAUGAUUUCAACAAGUUGAAAGCUUAUGCUCAAGAGUUGAGGGAUACUAAUUUUGGUUCUGAUGUGGUGAUAAACAUAUCUAAAGAUGCAUUAGAAUAAAGUAAAAUAAGAUUUUUAAGAAUGUAUGUGUGCUUUGAAGCUUUGAAAAGUGGUUGGAAAAGUGGUCUGAGACCAUUCAUAGGGUUGGACGGGACAUUUUUAAAGGGUAUAAGGGAAUUUUACUGGUGGCCCUUGGACAAGAUUCAAUGAAGCAUUUCUAUCCUCUUGCAUGGGCGGUGGUGGAUAGAGAAACAUCUAGAACUUGGAAGUGGUUCAUUGAAUUAUUGAGAAGUUCGUUAGGUUUGGCAGAUGGUGAAGGGUUGACACUUAUUUCUGAUAUGCAUAAGGUAAUUAUCUGUCACAUUCAUUAUUUUAUUACGAUUCUUAUUUUGUAUACACUUGAAGUACUUUUAUUUGUGUUAUUGAUUUGAACUAUUUUUACUUGUGUUGUGGAUUGUUUCAUUAUUUCAGGGACUGAUUGAUGUUGUUGGUCAAUUGCUUCUAAAAGCACACCACAGAUGGUGUGUAAAGCAUAUAGAAGCCAAUUGGGCCAAGAUUUGUAGAGGUGGAGAGAUAAAGAAGUUAUUGUGGUGGUCUACUUGGAGUACAUAUACAGAAGAAUUUAAAGAUCUACUGAAAAACAUGGGUUCUGUGACUGAACAAGCAGCCAAAGAUCUGUUAUGGUACCCUCCAAAACACUGGUGCGGGGCUUAUUUUGACAUAGUGGGUAAGAACUUCACAUGUGAAAAUAAUUUCACCGAGUCAUUCAACAAAUGGAUUUUGGCGGCAAGGGCAAAACCAAUUAUUAAGAUGCUGGAAGAUAUCAGAAUCAAGGUCAUGGGUAGGUUGGAAGAUUUUGAAGAGGAGGGUGAAAAGUGGAUUGAAAAUUUUUGUCCUUAUGCCAUGGAGUUGUAUAAUGAUUUCAAAAUUAUUGCACAAAGCUGUCAUGUUCAAGCUAAUGGAGGCUUAGGAUAUGAGGUAGUUGAGUGUACUGAUAGGCAUGUUAUGAGUCUUGCUAGUAAGAGAUGCACAUGUAGGACAUGGGACUUGACAGGAAUACCAUGUCCUCAUGCCAUUAAAGCUCUUGAACAUGGUAAACAAGAACCAUAGAAUGAGAUACACCAGUGGUAUUUAAAACAGACUUACAUGUUGCUUUACCAACAUAAAAUUCAACCAUUUAGGGGUGAGAAGUUCUAGAAAGUUCAUCCUUCACACGCUAUGGAACCACCAGAAAUACAUAAGAUGGUUGGUAGACCAAAACUUAAGAAAGUAAGAAAGAAAAAUAAGGCAAA